AUGAUUCCUGGCUUGAGCGAGUCUGACAAGGAAUCUAAGAACUACACUCCCUUUCAAGCCGACCUCUCAUCACCGGACAUUGUUAAGCAUGCAGUACAACAAUCCGGCGCAACAUCAGCCUUUGCGUACACUAUCUUCGACAGUGCAGACAACAUGCGUAGUAUUGUCGAUGCCUUGAGAAAAGCUGAAGUCGAGCAUAUGAUUAUUCUGCCCUCUGGUAGCGUUAAAGGCCCAGCAGAGGAUGGAGGUAACAUGCGCAACCUCAGACCGAAGUCGCACUGA